CCGACGUGUCCGUUUUAGCAGCAUCAGCUUGCAGUCGUUGUCAAAGAGUUGCUUCGGGUGACAGAGUCCAGCUGUUCUGGCGUUUGGUCACGCACCGAGGGCAAAGACGCGACUAUUUAACUCGAUUAACACUAUGCGAGGCAUUUGUCAAUGGAACAAACUUACUGACGGUUUGAAAGUUAGCUGCAGUGGCUAACUAACCAGCUUCCUUGCUAGUUAGUUAGCUUCCCGUAGCUUUGCGGUUGUGCAAGAGCGAGCUUUUUUUCCCUCAAACAUAUUUAUGGAUAUAAUUGAAAGCCAGGAUGUCUCAGUUUGUUGAUUCGGACGAAAACACCCCUUUACUCCGGGACGAACCAAGGAGUGAUGACGUUCAUCAUGACGAUUACCAGAGCCGAUGGAGAUCGAUCAGAGUCAUGUACUUCACAAUGUUUCUCAGCAGCGUAGGUUUCACCAUAGUAAUAACAUCGUUGUGGCCGUACUUGGAAAAGUCUGACGACAGCGCCGACGCCACCUUCCUGGGCUGGGUGGUGGCGGCCUACAGUCUUGGCCAGAUGGUGGCAUCGCCCCUUUUUGGCCUGUGGUCCAAUUACCGGCGGCGCAGAGAGCCGCUCGUGUGCUCCAUCUUCAUCAACCUGUCGGCCAACAUCUACUAUGCCUACGCUUCCCUGCCAUCGACUGGGGACAAGUACCACAUACUGAUUUCGCGAGCCUUUGUGGGGUUCGGAGCAGGUAAUGUUGCUGUGGUGAGAUCAUACGUUGCUGGAGCCACGUCGCUGAAGGAGAGGACGAACGCCAUGGCGAACAUGAGUGCAUGUCAAGCCUUGGGGUUCAUCCUUGGACCAGCUCUGCAGGCUUGCUUGUCAUUCCUCGGGGAAGUGGGUUACACGGUGGAAUUCAUCCAGCUGAAGCUCAACAUGUACACUGCUCCGGCUUUACUGGCCGCCGUCUUUGGCGUCAUCAACAUCUUGUUGGUUGCCUUGGUGCUCAGGGAGCAUCGUGUCGAUGAUGACGGGAGACGCAUUCAAGCCAUCAACUACCUCUCGGAAGAUGAAGUGGACCUAAUCGAGGACCCGGAGGAAACCAUCGACCAAGUAGCGGCCUACACCUCCAACGUCCUCUUCUUCAUUGUCAUGUUCAUUUUCGCAGUCUUUGAAACGAUCGCCACACCUUUAUCCAUGGAUAUGUUUGCGUGGACGAGGAGAGAAGCUGUUUUGUACAACGGCAUAAUCAUCUGCUGCAUCGGCUUUGAAUCCAUCCUGGUCUUUCUGGCGGUGAAAGUGGCUGCUCAAAGAGUCGGGGAUCGGCCGGUGCUGCUCGCAGGUCUCGCCAUCAUAUUCUGCGGCUUCUUCAUUCUGCUACCAUGGGGCAACCAUUACCCUAAAAUCCAGUGGGCAGACCUUAAAAACAACUCAUUGGUCAGUCAGCUAUCAUCCAACAGCUCUUUUGAGUCCACGGGCUGCCCAUAUGACCAGACCUGGUGUCAGUACACCCCCGCCAUCCACCUGGCUCAGUACAUAACCUCAGAUUUCCUCAUUGGAGUGGGCUAUCCGGCUUGCAACGUCAUGUCCUACACCCUGUAUUCCAAAAUCCUUGGACCAAAACCUCAGGGCGUGUACAUGGGCUGGCUGACAGCGUCUGGGAGCGGCGCGCGGACUCUGGGCCCCGUGUUUGUCUCCCACGUGUACACCCUCUUCGGCCCUCGUUGGGCCUUCACUAUCAUCUGCAUCAUGGUGGCGGCGGCCAUCGUCCUCCUCAGCUUUGUCUACCACAGACUCAUCGCCUUUUCCGUGCGUCAUGGCAGGACAAUAGAAUAAGCAGACGCUUUCCACACUGGACGCAUCAAAGGACCAAAAAAUUAGUUUGAAAGGGAACAUGUGUGAACUUAGGCAUUUAGAUUGGCCUCCAGUUUUAAAUUGAGUUACUACAUCUUCGUUACUGAUACACUAGUACAUGUUUUUCAUCAAUCAUCAAUUGCAUUUUCAAUGAACUAAGGUGUGUGAACUUUAUGCUAAUGCAUGUUUUAAUGUCGCAGGCGCAUGCACUGGUUGUGGCUUAAUAAUGUGAACAUACUAUAUAUGCUAUGCAACUUUUUUUUAAAAAACGAGAAUGAUGGAUUUUGAAGCAAUUGUCAUAUUUCCCAUAUUAAAGCUAUUUUUAAUACAUUGUCAGGAAGCUAGGAGUAUUCUAUAAAAUGUAUGUGGACCUGAAUGACAUGAGAUUUAUAUUUUAUUUCGAUAAACAUACAAAAUGCAAGAUCA